CUUUGUAUUAUGGUAAAUUCCAACUAUUUGAUAUACAAUUUAAAAGUGCUUUCAAGUUUAGUAGAAAUGAUAUUUCAUUUUAGUGGUUUCACUUUAGAGGCCAGUAAUUUAACAGAUCUUUACUUCGGUCUGAAUGAUGUUGCCUUUCAUGAAUAUUCUGUCAUCUGCCCGGAAAAAAAAUAUAUUCCUACUUAGCACUCAUAAAACUUUUAUAUAAGACUGGCAUAAUGACAUGGAAUAUAGAAAGUUAAGGCUUGGCAUACAAAUAUUGUUGCUCAGUUUAGAUUAUUGCAUUUAUUUUGGAACAUCUGAUAGGACAACAAUUUUUUUUAUUAUGUAGGUUGAAUAGGAGACACAAAGAAGAUGAAAUCCCUUUUGGUCACUGCUGGCAUUACUGCCUUUGUUCUGGCUUUGUUCCUCCAUUCAGGAAGUGCUUUAGUGUGCUACAAUUGUGAAUCUGCUAUGUGUAACAAAACUAUGACCUGCACAGUCGACCAAAAUACUUGCAUAACAGUACAUUAUGGUGUAAAACAUACAUCUCAGUGCUGGAAGUAUUCUGACUGUAAUGUAGACUUUAUUUCAUAUCAUUUGUCAAUAAACAACUUCAAAUACAGGUGCUGCAACUGGGAUUUCUGUAACAAUGUUCCAAAUGUAGCUAGCAAGAUAGCCCUCAGUGGGGCUUUCUUGCUGAUUGUUGCUCAUAUCUUAAAGUUUUUAGUCUGGAACUGAAACGGGGCAUUGUUUUUCAGUUUAAAAAGAUACACAACACUGGUGUCUUUUGAGAAAGUGCUCCUGCUGCAAAAAAUUAAAUUAUUAGGAUACAGUAUUCAGUAGAUAAAAUUUGUUUGCUGUGUUGCACUUUUCAUAUUUUUCCUUACAUUAUUCAUUUUUUAUUGGAAAACUAGAUUUAAUCUGUGAGACAUUCAUAUAACCAAAUGUGAACAUAUAAAGACUUGCUUGUGUUGGGAACAAUUUUUGAGUCUCAUAAAAUUGCCAAUCGCAUUUUAACUUGUAAGACAGUUGUUGCAAUAAAAGUGCUAUUGUAUAUUUAAA